ACGGUUGCUGCCGCCGCCGCGCGAGGCGGAGCGGGGCGCGCGAGCCCCGCGGCCCCCCCUCCCCCACCCCGCCCCCCCCGUCCCUCCUCCCGCAUGGCGGCGGCGGCGGCGUGAGCGGAGAUGCUGCUGCUGUACGUGAUCCUGCUGUCGGCGCUGGCCGGCUCCUUCGUGACGCUGCUGCUGCAGCUGCUGCUGCUGUACCGCCGCAAGCCCGAGCCCCCCGGCGCGCCCCGCCGGCCCGGCCCGGGCCACGGCCGCGUGCUGCCCGAGCCCAGCCUGCGCGACUACCUGCAGGGCGGCGAGGCGGAGCCCGGCGAGGAGACGUGCCAUUUCCUCAAUGCCGUCUUCCUCUUCCUCUUCAGGGAGCUGCGGGACACGGCGCUGGUGCGGCGCUGGGUCACCAAGAAGAUCAAGGUGGAGUUCGAGGAGCUGCUGCAGACCAAGGUGACGGGCAAGGUGCUGGAGGGGCUCAGCCUGCGCGACGUCUCGCUGGGCGACGUGGUGCCCCUCUUCAAGGCCGUGCGGCUGCUGCGGCCCGUGGCGGCGGGCGCCGAGGGCUGCCCCGAGGAGCUGGGCUUCGAGGUGGACGUGGAGUACAACGGCGGCUUCCACCUCGCCAUCGACGCCGACCUGGUCUUCGGCAAGUCGGCCUACCUCUUCGUGCGCAUCUCGCGGGUCCUGGGCCGCCUCAAGCUGGUCUUCACCCGCCUGCCCUUCACCCACUGGUCCUUCGCCUUCGUGGACGACCCGCUCGUCGUCUUCGAGGUCAAGUCGCAGUUCGAGGGGCGGCCCAUGCCCCAGCUCACCUCCCUCAUCGUCAACCAGUUCAAGAAGGUCAUCAAGCGCAAGCACACGCUGCCCAACUACAAGAUCAGGUUCAAGCCAUUUUUUCCAUUUCAAGUAAUGUCACCUGAAGAGUAUGAAGAUCGGGAUCUCAGCAUACAAGAUUUUCCACUGACAGAAGGCCGACUUAAAGUUACAUUAAUAGAAUGUACCAGAUUACUAUUUUUUGGAUCCUAUGAAAGAGAAACAAAUGUUCACUGCACGCUGGAGCUGAGCAAUAAUGUUUGGGAAGAAAAGUCGAGGAGUUCCAUAAAAACAGCAGAACUAAUUAAAGGGAACUUACAAAGUGUUGGACUCACUCUGCGCUUAGUGCAGCCUAAAGAAGAAAUUGGAGGACAUGUUGUUGUUGAAACUGUUACACCAAACUCGCCUGCAGCAGCUGCUGAUCUCCAGCGGGGUGAUAGACUUAUAGCUAUUGGAGGUGUUAAAAUCACCUCAACUGUUCAAGUGUUAAAGCUUAUCAAGCAGGCUGGCGAUAGAGUUUUAGUCUUUUAUGAGAGGCCUGUGGGUUAUAAUCAGCAUGGUGCAGCGCUGCAAGAUGGCUUUGCACAGUUAGAGGAAUCUACUUUUUCAACACACCAAGAAGAGGACCAAGUUAGUGUUUUAACAGAUGCUGACAGCAAAGACUUGGAUUCUGAAUUUGAAGACCUAGCUUGUGAGAUAAAAUCACCUGAGCUGAAUGAAGAGAUUCUAACAACUCAGAGUCCUAAACGAUCAGUAGUAACAUUUGCUGCUAAACCACUUGGAACUAUAUCUCCAAUUCUAAAUCGCAAGUUACACUUAGGAAAUUAUCAAACAAAUUUAAAAACUCAACCAAAAGAUGGAGCCAAACCAUUAGCACCCAAAAGUUCUGAGAGCCAAGACCCAACACAGCAAUCAGUCAGACCGCCACAGGGAUCCGGUGCUAAACCUCCUGUCCCACCGAGACCACAGAUUAAACUUACUUUGUCUUCUAGUGAAACUCAAAUAGAAACUGGCGACAUAUCUUCUGAAAAACCAGAAAGGCCUCCUCCACCUGCAAAUAAUGGAGAUAAGUGUUCAGAGAAAAUAACAAAAAAUAGUGAUCAGGUAGAAGACCCAGCGCUAUCAAAAGUAACAGCUGUACCAAAACAAGAAAUAUUAAAAGAUCCAAUUUUAGAAAAUGCACGUGGUUCUAAGGAUAGCGGAGACGAUCAAAUAUGGGAAUCGCCAGAAAUUCCAUAUCGCAGCCGACAAGGUAGAUGGGCGAGGACAAGAGCAUCCUCCUGUAUAUAUGAAGUGGAAGGCUACCAUAAGUACCUUAAUGUUGCACUUUGGUGCAGAGACCCUUUCAAAAUGGGUGGGCUUAUCUGCUUAGGACACGUAAGUAUAAAACUUGAAGAAAUUGCUUUAGAUUGUAUAGCUACAUCAUCCAUGGAAUACAUCAGAACAUUUCGAUUAGACGCCCCUGCACCUAAAGCUGCCGUCACUAGAACUGCGUUGCGCAAUUUGACAGUGCAUAAGGGAUUCAAUGAAAAGUUUUGCUAUGGAGAUGUAACCUUGCACUUCAAAUAUUUAAAAGACGGUGAAGCUGAAGAUUCAAGCUUUCUGCUGGAACAAGAACGGGAGUCUAACUCGGAAGAAGAAAUUCACGCGCUUCCAAAAGAGCAUAUGUAUCUGGGACAAAUGGUGUUUACCGAAAACAAGCAUAACUUUCAAGAUACUCAGUUUCAGAAUCCAACGUGGUGUGAUUACUGCAAAAAGAAAGUUUGGACUAAAGCCGCUUCUCAAUGCAUGCUCUGUGCUUAUGUUUGCCAUAAAAAAUGUCAAGAAAAAUGUCUGACUGAAACUCCAUUUUGUGUAGCAGCUGAAAGGAAACUCGAUCGAACCAUGGGAGGCUUUAAAACGGAAAUCCAGGAAAAUCAGGCUCCUGCAUCCUCUCGCAUUGAUUCAGAAACCAAGUCUGUUAACAAAACAACAGGUUUAACAAGACAUAUUAUCAACACAAGCACUCGGUUUUUAAAUCUUCGUCAAGUCCCUAAAACUCGCCUCGCUGAACCAGGAACAGAUGCCGUAGAACCUUCUCCAAAGCACACACCAAACACUUCGGAUAAUGAAAGCAGUGACACUGAAAUCAGUGGUUCAAAUAGUCCUUCAAAACGUGCAACUAAAUUAGCAAGAAAGGAGGGAGGACUAGAUGACAGUGUCUUUAUUGCCGUUAAAGAAAUUGGCCGUGACCUCUAUAGAAGUUUGCCUACGGAGGAAAGAUUCCAGAAACUGGAGUUCAUGUUGGAUAAGCUACAGAAUGAAAUAGAUCAAGAACUAGAAAAUAACAAUUCACUGCUUAAAGAAGAAAAAGAAACAACUGAUGCAAGGAAGAAAGCAUUAAUUUCUGCUGCAUUGAUUAAAUCAGCUGAAAGACUGCAGGCGCUUACACUGCUCAUGAUCCACUACCGAGCAGGUAUUGAGGAUAUAGAAUCUUUAGAAAAUAUAUCUUUAGACCAGCAGUCCAAAAAAAUGACUAAAAACACAGAGGAAGCCAGCACUGCAGAAGAAAUGGAUCACGAAGAUGUCAAUCUGACAGAGGCUCCAACAUUAAACAGCAGCAUAUCAGAAGAACCACAUGACCCACCUCAAUCAGCAGACUGAUAUUUAGCCUUCAGAAGGAUGGACUGAAAAGAAUAUUUUGCACUUAAUCAAAAAACACAUCAGAGCUUAAUUAAACACUGGUAUAAUGUAUACAGCCAGCUUCUCCACGGUUACUUGCCUGUGCAAGAGUAUGGUUAGUAGAGGUUCUUUUCCAGCUACGGUACCACCAUAUUGUUAAACUGGCUGGUUCAAAUUGUGUUAGAAGUACAUUUUUGGGUUUAUACUGGGAGUUUAUUUUUAAUAAUUUAUUUUUAACUUUUUCUAAUUAUGUAACCUUAACAUUUCACGUUAAUGUAUGUGUGGUGUCUUUAGAGCAUUAUUGACCCUUCAGUUUGUUUGUUUUUCUUUGAACUAGUGUUUUGAACAGGAAACCGCCAGGAUUUCAAAAUGUUUCAUUUCCAUCAUGUGAUGAAAAAGUUAUAAGCUUGCUGCAUGCCUAACCUGGUGACAACACAGCAGUCAUUAAGGGACCGGGUUUUGAAAUUUUGAUCAUGGUGCAUUAAUAUGUCUUCUAAAUAGUUGUGUAUUUUUUUGCCAAACACGGUGGCUUUUUGUCUAUUAUUAAUAUUUAGUUAAAAGUACCAUUACAUAUCACGUUACUCGCUUUCCAUACUUUGUUAAACACCCUAACUUGAAAAAGUCAUGAUUAGUCUGAAAUAUGGUCUUGUUAUGCUAAAAAGCAUCCCUCGUUAGACCUUUGGGAUAUUAAACAUUGUUUCAUGUAUUCAAUAUGGACUGAUGCUGCGUAGUAAUUUUAUGGGGAAUAUGCCAGAAAACGUAGCAAGUUUGUUUGUUUUAAUUGAGAUAAAUAGCUGGCAGCAGCCUUAUAAUACAUAAAUCCUGCUGUGAAAUGUAAUAUUUAACCUGCAAAAGGAAAACUGAAGUUCUCAGAAGCUGGGGGUUUUUUUUAUCCUUAUCACUCUCUAUGAAAGGCAUGCAGCAACAUUACUAUUUCAAGAGCGUUUAAUAUUUUGCCACACAUCCUAAGUGCAGAAUAAAUAUGGGAGUUGAACAGAAUCAAUAAAUGCUGUGUAUGUCAACCCUUCUGGGAUCAUCAGAUGUUGAAGAACUGCAUUCAGCCACUCAACCAGAAGAAAUGGAAAGAGCGAAAAGACCAGCUUUAAAAAAAAAAAAAUCUUAAACUGCGUACGUCUCUCCCACUGGAUUCAAACAAAUAUGUUCAGAUGAGAUAAGGAGGAAUUUUAGCAACCAGUCUGAUCAUGUGCUAUAUGUAAAUUUUGGAUCUAAGCAUCGUCUAACUAAAUACAUUAUUCCUAUUUAUUAUGAAUUUCUUCAAGUUUCAUCUUAAUACAGAAAUACCGUAAUUUUUUAUGUUUAAGUACUGUACUAUGAUAUCACUGAUUGUGGAAUCAGAGGCGAAACUAUUCAGUUAGACCACUAAUUUAAAAAAAUUUUGGUGGGCAGCCACUAACAUACUACACUGUUAAAUUUGUCCACUACAAAAUAGGGAGGCAAAAAUAAUAAACAGUAGAUCCAGCAGUAAAAAACUACUACUUCUACCUUUAAGUAAAGUUGUUACUUUCAGUCUUGCGACUAGUUGCACUUUUUUGUGAAGUAUUUUCAGCAGUUGAUAAUUAUUCAGCCGACACGUAAAAACAUUAUCCAUCCUAUAAAUACGCAUGUAUAACACUUCUCGAAAUUCUGCUUCAGCAAAUAAUAACUAAAAAAAAAAAAAUCCCCCCUUACUGAUUAGAAGUCAUUUAACCCAUACUUGAUUUGAAAUGCAUAGUAUGUCUUUUUCAUUGUUAUUUUCUGGGUAUCUUACCAUGCAUUGGUGGUGAUCUGGAUUAAAUCUCCAUCAGUGUUUGCUCAUUAUUGAUUAGUAUAGGAGUUUUCAAGUGUAUCCAAGUACUUCAUUUAUAUACUGCCAGAUGUGAAGGAGCUGCAGGAAAAAAAAAUGCAAAUUUUGAUUUCACAACAACACAUUCAGGAUUUUAAAUUACAUAAAUGUAUAAUAUAAUGGAUAUGAGAAGCUGGAUAGAAUUUUCUUCAUAUAGCAUUGCUAAUGAUGAUUGUAAGAUAUAAAUUAAAUGUAGUGCAAUAUUUUUAAAUAUGUUGAAUGGGGUGGGGGUGAAAUAGUUGUAUUUUAGUGAUGAGAAGGAGAACAUAAAACUCUUAUCUGGCAUUAACUACAGCAAGCGCUGGCUCUUGAGGGAAAAGUUGUAAUACUACAUUCCUGAUGUACUCUUUGCUUCCAUGCUUGACUGUAAAUAGCUGAAAAUAAAGAAUACCAUAGAAAACAGAAUCUUGACUUAGUGCUAUCUAGAUAGGUGGCAGCUGCACACAUUUAUGGAAAUGCUGCCUGAUAUGAUUUUGUUGGCUAUGACUUUAUCAUAAGAACAAGCUUUAAUAAAAUAGUUUUGCUACAUUA